AUGACCCUCCGGCGGCGCGGGGAGAAGGCGACCAUCAGCAUCCAGGAGCAUAUGGCCAUCGACGUGUGCCCCGGCCCCAUCCGGCCCAUCAAGCAGAUCUCCGACUACUUCCCCCGCUUCCCGCGGGGCCUGCCGCCGGACGCCGGGCCCCGCGUCGCUGCACCCCCGGACGCCCCCGCGCGCCCGGCCGCGGCCAGCGCGGGCCGCCGCAGCCCCUCCGACGGCGCCCGCGACGACGACGAGGAUGUCGACCAGCUGUUUGGAGCCUACGGCGCCAGCCCCGGCCCCGGCCCCGGCCGCAGCACGGCGCGACCGCCUGCCAAGCUGCCCGAGGACGAGCCGGACGCCGACGGCUACGAGUCCGACGACUGCACCGCCCUGGGCACGCUGGACUUCAGCCUGCUCUACGACCAGGAGAACAACGCUCUCCACUGCACCAUCAGCAAGGCCAAGGGCCUGAAGCCAAUGGACCACAAUGGGCUGGCAGACCCCUAUGUCAAGCUGCACCUGCUGCCAGGAGCCAGUAAGGCAAAUAAGCUCAGAACGAAAACUCUCCGAAACACUCUGAACCCCACGUGGAACGAGACCCUCACUUACUACGGGAUCACAGACGAAGACAUGAUCCGAAAGACCCUGCGGAUCUCCGUGUGUGACGAGGACAAAUUCCGCCACAACGAGCUCAUCGGGGAGACGCGGGUGCCCCUCAAGAAGCUGAAGCCCAACCACACCAAGACGUUCAGCAUCUGCCUGGAGAAGCAGCUGCCGGUGGACAAGACAGAAGACAAGUCCCUGGAGGAGCGGGGCCGCAUCCUCAUCUCCCUCAAGUACAGUUCGCAGAAGCAGGGCCUGCUGGUCGGCAUUGUGCGCUGCGCACACCUGGCUGCCAUGGACGCCAACGGCUACUCGGAUCCCUACGUGAAAACAUACCUGAAGCCAGAUGUGGACAAGAAAUCCAAACAUAAGACAGCGGUAAAGAAGAAAACCCUAAACCCAGAGUUCAACGAGGAAUUCUGUUAUGAGAUUAAGCACGGGGACCUGGCCAAGAAGACCCUGGAGAUCACCGUUUGGGAUUAUGACAUUGGAAAAUCCAACGAUUUCAUCGGCGGCGUGGUUCUGGGCAUCAAUGCCAAGGGCGAGCGCCUGAAGCACUGGUUUGAUUGCCUGAAGAACAAGGACAAGCGGAUCGAGCGCUGGCACACGCUCACCAACGAGCUCCCGGGGGCCGUGCUCAGCGACUGA